AUGGAGAUUCCCACAUCUUUACCAGGCAAAUUGACCGCAGCCAUGUCGACCGGUGCAAACGCUUCCCAAAAUGACCCCAUGCAACACCCCCUCGAGGCCAUCUCUCAGGGUAUCCAAAGCGCUACUGGAGAGAAACGUGCGCCAAGGCAGAGCCACAUGGGCUCAGCUAACGAGGGUCCUGCGGAUAUCGCUGCGAAGAUAACGGGUGCAGUUCAAGGCGGAAAGCGUGAGGAUGAUGGCCCUUACUUUACCUCCAACGAAGGUAUCCCGUGGAUUGACCCCGCACACAGCAAGACUAUCGGUGGAAUCCCCGUGGCCAGCGAUGUCUUCCUCUUCCAGAAGCAGCAGACGUUCAACCGUUCCAAGAACCUUGAGCGUAUGGUGCACCCUUGCGGUUCCGGCGCGUUUGGAUAUUUUGAGUGCACCAAGAAGGUUGACGCUCUUACGAAAGCCAACUUCCUCUCCAGUGUAGGCGAAAAGACUCCCAUCUUCAUCCGCUUCUCGACGGUUACGGUCGGUCGCGAAUACCCCGAUGAAGCCCGCAACCCCCGUGGCUUCGCCAUCAAGUUCUACACCAUGGAGGGCAACUACGACAUCGUUGGCCUCAACUUCCCUAUCUUCUUCUGCCGCGACCCUAUUCAAGGCCCAGACGUGAUCCGUUCGCAAGCUCGUAACCCAAGGAACUUCCUUCCUGAUUACGAUGCCAUUUUCGAUCUGUUGGCAAACACACCCGAGAGCAACCAUGCCGGUCUCAUGUUCUUCAGUGACCACGGCACUCCCGUUGGCUGGCGCUUCAACCACGGCUACGGUUGCCACACAUUCAAGUGGGUCAACGCUGAGGGCAAGUUCGUAUACAUCAAGUACCACUUCAUUGCCAAGCACGGCCAGAAGCAGUUCACCCAGCAAGAAGCGACACAGAUGUGCGGUGAAGACCCAGACUACUCCAAGCGCGAUCUGUGGGAGACCAUUGAGAAGGGUGAGGAGAUCGAAUGGACCGCCAUGGUGCAAGUCAUGGAGCCUGAGGAUGCGGAUCCCGAGAAGCUUGGCUUCGAUCCCUUCGAUGUCACCAAGGUCUGGCCGCGCAAGCAGUUCCCCAUGCAGGAAUUUGGCCGUCUUGUGCUGAACAAGAACCCUGAGAACUACCACCGCGACGUUGAGCAAGCUGCCUUCUCACCCGGCAGCAUGGUCCCCGGUAUCGAGGACUCGCCCGAUCCAUUGCUCCAAUUCCGCAUGUUCUUCUACCGCGACGCCCAGUACCACCGCAUUGGCGUAAAUCUUCACCAGAUCCCCGUCAACUGCCCCUUCAUGUCAAAGUCCUUCGCGCCUCUCCAGUUCGAUGGUCAGAUGCGUGUCGAUGCCAACCACGCAGGAAACAAGCAAUACAACCCCAACAGCUUCGCGCACAAGUUCCGUCCUGAUGUUGCUGAGGCGCCGUACCAGGUCUCAGACAAUGUUAUGAGCCGCAAGAGCCACUACUGGCAUGAGGCGAAGAAGAACGAGUACGACCAAGCCAAGGAGCUGUGGAGCAGGGUUAUGUCGCCCGAGAGGAGGCAACACACCAUCACCAACACCUUCAACAUGCUCAAGUUUGUCAAGUAUGCUGACAUUCAGAAGAAGUACCUCGCACAAGUGUACAACAUUGGUCCGGACUAUGCCCAAGGCAUCUACGACCUCCUUGCGAGCUCUGAAUCGAAGCCGGAAUUCCCCUUCUCAGAAGUCGAGAAGCUGUCUGAGUCGGCACAUGUCUGGUUCAAGGAGGAGAAGUUCAGGCCUUCAAAUGGUACGAGGCUGACUGGAUAUGCCCCAAGUGGGCCAGUCUACAACUGA